AUGGCCGAGCGCACGACUUCACGCAGACAGGAGCCUCUGGAGAGAUUGAGCACACUCGACACCAUACCCACAAGACGAACACUAGAUCGAUAUGAAUCACGUCCCACUCAAGAUGCUGCUGAGGUCCUCGAUCUACCCUACGGUACCCUGAAUGACACUGCAGACAUGACAGAAUUCACAGAAGAGACAGCAGCAGGAAUUAUACCCAAACGAACCAUAUCACGUAUAACAGGCAAAGAAGAGGAACAUGAACUGGUCACAUUCAAAAUCGAAGAUCCUGAGAACCCCAAGAACUGGUCCAAAGCUUACAAGUGGUACUGCACUAUGGUUGUAGCACUUACAUGCUUCGUUGUGGCCUUGGCUAGUUCCAUCAUCACAGCUGACCUGGAAGGACCAGCAGAAGAAUUUCAUGUCUCCCAUGAAGUCACUCUCGUCACGAUCACUGUCUUUGUCAUAGGCUUCGGCGUCGGACCACUUGUGUUCGCCCCAUGCUCAGAGCUAUUUGGAAGGAAGCCUGUAUAUGUCAUUACCUUGGGCCUGGCAGUCAUCUUUAUCAUUCCUUGUGCUGUAGCACAAAACAUCGGCACCCUCAUCGUAUGCCGCCUGAUCGACGGUAUCGCCUUUUCCGCACCGAUGACACUGGUUGGCGGAACUUUGGCAGAUCUCUGGAGGAACGAAGAGAGAGCUGUUCCUAUGGCAGCUUUUAGUGCCGCACCUUUCAUUGGGCCUGCUAUUGGUGGCUACCUCGCCAACGCCGGCGGUUGGCGUUGGCUAUACUGGCUCCAGCUCAUUCUAGCCGCUGUUUGUUGGCUGCUACUUCUAUUAACCGUACCCGAAACAUACGCACCCGCCUUGCUCAAAAAACGAGCACAAAAGCUCCGGAAGGAAACAGGCGUCCAAUCAUACGUGACCGAACAAGAACUCGACACAAGACCUUUCGCCGACAGAUUGAGAAUCUUCCUCAUCAGGCCUCUGCAGCUCCUGUUCCUUGAGCCGAUCGUCCUCUUCAUCAGCCUGUACAUGUCCGUACUGUAUGGCCUACUGUACAUGUUCUUCGUCGCCUAUCCAGUCGUCUAUCAAGCCGGCAAAGGCUGGGGACGUGGUUCUACAGGUCUAAUGUUCAUCCCUCUCGCGAUCGGCGUCAUCCUAUCAGCCUUCUGCGCCCCCUUCGUCAACAAACACUAUCUACGUCUUUGCGCUCGUGCGCCAAACGGAAAACCACCUGCCGAGGCACGACUCAUUCCAAUGAUGUAUUCCUGCUGGUUCAUCCCCGUCGGCCUCUUCAUCUUCGCCUGGACGUCUUACCCCUCCCUUUCCUACUGGGGUCCAAUGAUGGGCGGCUUUCCCGUUGGUUUCGGGUUCAUCUUCCUAUACAACAGCGCGAAUAACUAUCUCGUCGACACUUACCAACACCAAGCUGCGAGCGCUCUGGCUGCAAAGACAUGUAUUCGAAGCUUCUGGGGUGCGAGUACCGUGCUGUUCACUGAACAGAUGUACAAUACUCUAGGCUACCAGCGGGCUUCGUCACUGCUUGCAUUUAUUGCGUUAGCGUGUUGUCUCAUUCCAUAUGUCUUCUACUUCAGGGGUGCUGCGAUCAGGAAAUACAGCAAGUUUGCCUUUUCUGACGACGACGAGACUACGGUACAGGGAGCUGAGAAGGUGUAG